AUGGCCAAAAAUCUCAUCUCCCUCAGCACACUUGAUGCCGAGGGGUACAAACACUCCAGUUCAGGUGGAGUGUGUAAGGUAUCAAAAGGCUCUCUCAUUCAUAUGAUAGGUGAUAUGAAUUCUGCAAAGUUAUAUGUUCUUAGAGGAAGUACUUUACAUGGUUCCGUCACUGCUGCUACUGUUUCUAAUGAUGAACCAAGUAAGACUAAUCUCUGGCAUAUGCGUCUUGGGCAUAUGAGUGAACUUGGUAUGACAGAAUUGUUCAAGAGAGACCUGCUGGAUGGCUGCAUUGUGGGUCAGAUGAAGUUCUGUGAGCACUGUGUUUUUGAUGUUUCUCCAGUUGGUUUUGAUGAGGAGCAGCAACAUGUUAGCGUACAUGUGGAGCACGUAGAUGAUCGGGAAACUAAAAUUGUUGAUAACAAUGUUCAUGAUAUUGUUCAGCACUCACGUCCUGUUUUGCAGCCUCAAAAUCAGUCUAUUGCAGAUCGCAGAACAAAGAGGAAUUAUGGACCUCGUCCACGUUUAAUUGAGGAAUGUGAUAUGGUUCAUUAUGCCUUUAGUUGUGCUAAACAGGUGGAGAACAUUCAUGAGCCGGCUACAUACACUGAAGCUGUUGUUUCUGGUGACCGCGAGAAGUGGAUUUUCGCUAUGCAAGAGGAGAUGCAGUCACUCGAGAAAAAUAGCAUAUGGGAUGUUAGCAAGAAAGAGAUCACUACAUUGAAGAAACUAUUGAGUAGUGAGUUUGGGAUGAAAGAUCUUGGUGCUGCUAAGAAAAUUCUAGGUAUGGAGAUUACAAGAGACAGAAAUUCUAGUUUGUUAUUUCUUAGUCAGCAAAGUUACAUUAAGAAAGUUCUUCAUCGUUUCAACAUGCAUGAUGCAAAGUCUGUUAGUACUCCUAUUGCUCCUCAUUUUAAAUUAUCAACUUUACAAUGUGCUAGUACGGAUGAGGAUUUUGAGUAUAUGUCAAGAGUUUCAUAUUCUAGUACUGUUGGUUCUUUGAUGUAUGCCAUGGUUUGCUCUCGUCCUGAUUUAUCAUAUGCUAUUAGUUUGGUUAGUAGAUACAUGACUAAUCCUAGUAAAGAACAUUGGAAGACUGUUCAGUAG